CUUCCCCAGGAAGGGAAUUGAUUGACAAAAAGACACAGCACACGUGCGUGUCUUUAUAUAUAUAUAUAUAUGAUCACUCACAGGCGAAGGCAAUAAUAACGAAAGAAAGAGAGAGUGGAAGGACGCAUGAAUAAUAAGAGAGCAAUGUACAAAUCAAAGCUGCAACAACUGUGCCAGCAGAGAGGAUGGGGGAUCCCUACCUAUGAAGUCACUAAAGAGGGACAGGAGCACAGCCCUCACUUUUAUGCCACUGUCACCGUCGACGCCACCCUCUUUUCCACUCCUUUCCCCUCUUCUUCCACCAAGAAAGCUCAGAACGACGCUGCUAAGCUCGCCUACAACUACUUCUCCGACCACCCUCGCCCUUCCUCCUCCUCCCCCCUUAAUGUUUCUGCAGACUGUUCGGGUGGAAGUGCUGGGAAGAAUACUUGUCCAUCUCCCGGAGGGAAAUUGGAAUUAAACCUAGAAGAUGCAAAUCGAACUCCCCUGUCAAAUAAAACCGGGGCAGUUGCCAAGACUGAUGAGAGUUUUGGAGGUAUGCUGCACUUGUUUAAAAACCAGCUGCAAACGUAUGCUCAAAAGAGAAAUUUCAGUCUACCUGUGUAUUCUUGUGAGCGUGUGGGUCCUCCUCAUGCUAUUCGCUUUAAGUGCAAGGUCACACUGAAUGGACAAACCUAUGAGAGUCGGGAAUAUUUUCCCACAUUGAGCAAAGCUGAAAAUGCAGCUGCAAAAGCUGCAUUGAUGUCAUUGUUGCCAAAUGGAGUUGAAGAGGAUGAGUCUGGCUAUAAGAAUCUUUUACAAGAUAUGGCUCAGAGAGAAGGUUGUGGUUUACCAACUUAUUGUACAGAGAAAUCUGGUGAAGCUCAUGCGCCUACUUUCAUUUCAACAGUGGUGAUAGAUGGAGUGACUUUUACUGGAAAAGAAGCAAGAACCAAGAAGCAAGCUGAGAUGAGUGCAGCAAAGACUGCAUACACAGCUCGAAGACGUUGACUGGUGCUCAAUGGGGAUGCGGGUUUAUGUUAUGUAUUUAUGCAUAUCCAUGGCAGAUGUGCGCAUGCAUAUGACACCAUAGAACAGAGUACAGAUAUUCAAACGUUUUUUACUAUCUUAGAGUACAAGUCGGUAAGUCAGGAUAGAGAGUAACUCAAACUUGCGUCUUCUUGCUAUUUUAGAUGAUUU